AUGGCAGUGCUUGUGCUAUUGGUAUUGAUGGUGCUGCUGACGCCUGUUGUGUGCAUAGUUCCUAUUCAUAAAUGCAUCCACAGUGACCCUCUUCCUAUUCUUCACAAGUAUUAUCAGGGAGGCGAUUUCAUCAUUGCUGGUAUUAUUUCUCAGAUCCAAAUGUUUCCACCUACGAUGACCUUUGAGAAAUAUCCAUCUCUGGAACACUUUGAUGAUCACGUCCAUUUCAGUGUAAGCUGGACCUAUCUUGCCUCAAUGGAACUUCUCUUCAGGAGGGGCAGUUUCCUUCAUAACUACAACAGAUUCAUCCCAAACUACAAGAGUGAUUUCGAAAAUAUUCCAGUAGCAGUAAUUGGGGGACCUAACUCUUACAUCUCUCUCUAUAUAGCAACCACCCUAUGUCUCUACAAGAUUCCACAGAUCAUAUAUGGCUGUGCUCCAGUGAUUAAUAGUGAAACAGAAGGAGGUUUCUUCCACCAGAUGUUUCCAAAUGACUUGCAGCAGUAUAAGGGGAUUCUCCCCUUACUGUUGCAUUUUGCAUGGACAUGGAUUGGGGUGAUGUUUAAGAGUGAAAACAGUACAGAAAGAUUUAUAGAGAAUGUGCUUCCAAUGUUCUCACAGUAUGGCAUUUGCACUGACUUCAUUGAGAGAACCCCAAAGCAAACGUUUUCCACUCAUGUCAGUGAAAUGGAGGUGGAGGUGAUGAAAACAAUGCACGUUGUUAUGGGAAGCACUGCCAAUGUGGUCCUUGUACAUGGUGAAAUUCAGACCAUGUUGACACUGAGACUAAUGUACAAUUAUGCAAAAUUUGAAGGUGUCCCAAUGAAGAACAAGGACAAAGUUUGGAUUAUGACAGCCCAGAUGGGUUUCUCAUCACUUCCCUAUCAAAGAUAUUCAAACAUAGAUUUCCUCCAUGGUGCUAUAUCAUUUGCAAUGCACUCAGAAGAGCCAUUAGGAUUCCAGACAUUUCUAGAGAUAAGAAACCCGACCUCAGAAAAAGAAGAUGGAUUUAUAAGGGAAUUCUGGGAACAGGCAUUCAACUGCUUUUUCUCCAGCUCUGAGAUAGAGGAGAAGACUGAGGGAACCUGCACUGGAGAGGAGAAGCUGAAGACUCUUCCAGGGUCUGUUUUUGAAAUGCACAUGACUGGCCUCAGCUAUAGCAUCUUCAAUGCUGUCUAUGCUGUGGCGCAUGCAUUGCAUGCAAUGCAUUCCUCAAUCUUCAAACACACAGAGAUUCCAAGUGGAGAGAGGUGGAAGCUUCUGAAUCAAUGGCCAUGGCAGCUCAAUCACUUUCUAAGGCAUGUCUCAUUCAACAACAGUGCUGGGGAAAAGGUUUCCUUUGAUGAAAAUGGGGAAUUAAUAGGUGGAUUUGACAUUAUCAACUGGGUCACGUUCCCAAACCGGUCCUUCCUAAGAAUCAAAAUUGGAAAAGUGGAUCCACUGGUUGGCCCAAAGAACAGGUUUGUUCUUCAUGAAGAUGCCAUUGUGUGGCCCAGCAGGUAUAACCAGGUAAUACCCCUUUCUCUGUGCAAUGACAAUUGCUGUCCUGGAUAUAGUAAGGUCAAGGUGGAAGGCAAGCCAUUUUGCUGCUAUGACUGCCUUCCAUGUCCAGAAGGGAAGAUCUCAGACCAGAUGAACAUGGAUCAUUGUUUUCAAUGUGCCGAAGAUCAUUAUCCAAACAAUGACCAAAAUGGGUGCAUUCCAAAAGUUAUCACCUUCUUGUCCUAUGAAGAACCUCUGGGAACCAGUUUGGCCGCUUCUGCUCUUUCCUUUACUUUCAUCACAGCUUUGGUGUUUGGGAUCUUCAUUAAGCACCAGGACACUCCCAUUGUCAAAGCCAACAACCGGAACCUUACCUACACGCUCCUCAUCUCUCUCCUGCUCUGCUUCCUUUGUCCCUUGCUCUUCAUAGGCCAACCUGGGAAACUGUCAUGCCUCUUUCGACAAACUGCAUUUGGCAUCAUCUUCUCCGUGGCAGUUUCUUGCAUUCUGGCCAAAACCAUCAUUGUGGUUCUAGCCUUCAUGGCUACUAAACCAGGGUCCAGGAUGAGGAAAUGGGUGGGGAAAAGACUGGAAAUCUUCAUUGUUCUUUCCUGUUGCCUCAUUCAGACACUGAUUUGUACUGCAUGGCUGACAAUCUCUCCCCCUUUCCCAGAUGUUGACAUGCAUUCAAUAAAUGAAGCAAUUGUCCUGGAAUGUAAUGAGGGUUCACCUCUCAUGUUCUACUGUGUCUUGGGCUUUUUGGGCUUCCUGGCUGUUGUCAGCUUCACUGUGGCUUUUCUAGCUAGGAAGCUACCUGACAGUUUUAACGAGGCCAAAUUUAUUACUUUCAGCAUGUUGGUUUUCUGUAGUGUUUGGUUGUCAUCUAUUCCAACCUAUCUUAGUACCAAAGGAAAAUACAUGGUGGCUGUUGAGAUCUUCUCCAUCUUAGCCUCUGGUUUUGGAUUACUGAGUUGCAUCUUUCCCCCCAAAUUCUAUAUUAUUGUGGUGAGGCCUGAUUUGAACAUAAAGGAGAAGUUGAUGAGUAUCAAAUAA